GGGGCCAGUCCCUACAGCAGACCUUGGGCUAUGGCAUUUGCCUCUGCGUGGUGCAGGGCGUGCGCUGCGAUCAUGCGAGGGAGCCGCGUGGGCAGCUUGUCAGGACGGACGUUUGCGUCCGCGCGCCCUCCGCGAUGGAAACGCUACCACAUCACUGCAGAUGGUGUGGGCUGCAGAGCAGCCAGCCAAACCGAGGAUGGGUAUCACAUUGUUUCGGACACCCCGCCAUCGGCUGGAGGCACCGGCUCCGCGCCCCAGCCAGUUCAGCUUUUGCUGGCAGCGCUGGUGGGCUGCGAGCAAGCCACCGCACACUUUGUGGCGACCAAAAUGCGACUGCCGCCGAUUCGGCGCAUCGAGUUUGAUGUCCAAGCUGAAAGAGAUGAGUGGGGCAGCAUGCAGCCCCCAAUUCAUCAAGCACCACCUAGCGUCAGCAGAGUGCAAAGGAUAUGGGGUGUUGCACGUGUGCACACCGAUGCGAGCGGUGCCCAAGUUGCGGCAGUGGCCGAAGCUGUGAAGAGCCGCUGCCCAGUGGCAAGCAUGAUCAUCGCAUCUGGCUGCGAGUUGGAUGUUCGCUGGGUGAAGGCAGACGAGGGUGGCAACUGAUGCCUGAAAGACUGGCAUCGCUUGUCCCGCG